AAAAUUAGUUGUACAUUGCAGUUAUCCCGACUCAAUUAUGUAUCACAGUUAUUGUUAUAAUAAAUAAUAUAAAAUUCCAUAAAUGACAAAAUGUUUUCGGUCCAUUAAGUAGUUGUAAGGAAAUAAUUUUUUCUUGUAACAAUAGUUCAAUUGAAAAUUAAAACAUAAGUGUCGGUUUUACAAUGUUUAUAAAAUUAUUAAAAUCAAUAUUAAUAUUUUCUACAAUUCAACUAUGGUACAUUGCUGUUGAAGCCGUAAACUCAGGUAACAAUGAACAAACAAUUUGGAGCGAUACUUGGACUGAUAAGCUUAGAAGGGAUUUACUCAGGUUUUAUGAUCGAAAUUCUAGACCAGUUAUUGGCAAUAAUCUCACUUAUGUUACUAUGAAUCCAGUUAUAAAAUAUGUGGAUAUGGACUUUAAACAAUCAAUAAUGACUAUUAAUGCUUGGAUAUCAAUGACGUGGCAAGAUGAAAAGCUUCACUGGAAUUCAUCUCAAUAUGGUAGUAUAAAAGCUGUAAAUAUGGCAUUUGAUGAAAUAUGGAUGCCUGAUAUAGUGGCUUACAACAGCGCUGAUGGAAAUCAUGAUGAAAUGUAUGGAAAGACUGGUUGUGUUGUUCGCUCUAAUGGUAUGGUUCAUUGGAUACCACCCGCAAAGUAUAGAGUAUUUUGUGACGUGGACCUAACCAAUUGGCCAUUUGGAGAACACACAUGUUCCUUGAGAUUAGGCUCGUGGACUUAUGACGGAAAUUCAAUUAGCAUGCAAAUAAAUCAAAAUAUAAACCCAUUAGACAUGAUAAGUUUAGAUGGAGGAUGCAAAUGGGAAGUGACUAAAGUAACACAAAGACGUAGAGUGGAAAGUUACUCUUGUAAUUCAAAUGAUACGUAUGAAGACAUACAUUAUAGCAUAUCUAUAAAAAGAAAAAUACCUACUUAUAAUAGUGUGGUCAUCAUACCAGCUUUAGUGGUAGUUUUGCUCACACUUUCUGUCUUUUGGCUGCCUCCGGAGUCUUCUGAAAAAUUUAUGUUAAGUGGUGUAACAUUGGUUAUAAUUUGCAUUGUUUUAAUGACGAUAUCUAACAUUAUACCAGUCAUGAGUGAUCGGAUACCACUUAUAGUUUUGUUCUACUCAAAUUCUUUGGGCAUGGUGACACUUUCCAUGGUUUUUUCAGUUAUGUUACAUAACUUGGCUAAAUCCACUCAACCAGAGGAUAAAAUGCCAAAGUGGAUAAAACUAUUACUUGAUACAAAAUUUGGUACUGUUUUAAGGUUUACAUCACAAAAGGAUAACCAAGAGGAUAAUCUUUUGGAGAAUUCAAUAGAAAAUAAUAAAUCUAAAAUCAAAGUGAAAGAAAAUCAGUGGUAUUACCUUGCAUUGAUAUUAGAUAGAUCUAUGUUUAUUAUAUAUCUUUUCCUGUUUAUAGCUAUGGUGGUAUACUUUUUUAAGUAAUUGACAACUGUAAAUUUUGAUUUUUGUAAUAGUGCUAAAAUAAAAUAAAUUUAAAUUAAAACAAUUGAUUUAUAUUGUAUAAUUGUUUAAUAUACCAAUUAUAAAUACUAAUGCUUUAUAUAAAAUUUAAUUGAAGUACUGUGAUUAAAGAAAGAGAUUGUUGAUAUGUUGAUUUUUAAGGUAACCUUGGAGAAAAAAAUAUUUAUAGUAGUUAAGUACAUUUUUAUAUUUAAACAUUUUUUAGUGACAUAAAAUCAUAUAUUUCUUACU